AUGAAGUCUGCCGCAGGCGGCGCUGCUGAUCCUCCAUCAUCAGCAUCAUCAGACAAUAACGCAGGAAGGAGGAGGAGGAGGCAGCAGCAGCAUCGGGCUCCCUCACCGGCUACAGCCCAGGAAGGGGCCACCCAGCGAGCCUCCAGACACCCAGGCAGGUGCACGUCCCCUCUCGCCGCGGGAAGGAGCAGCGACGUCGGGGUGAAGGAGAGCCCGAGGGCCGCUGACGGGAAGAAGAGGGAGCCCGAGAGCCGCGGCUCGGCAGCUGUUCAGCCCGGUGGUGCUGAAGCUGGUGGAGUGAGACCAAACAGGGCGGAUGCUGUCGAAGAAGAUCCGGCACAUCCUCCAUCACCGGCCCGUCGCCCCGCUUUACACCCACCCCGCGUUAAAGGCGGCUCCGGCCCGAGUUUGCUGUCGUCUGCCAACCCGGGGAAAGUGAGACCGGCAGACAGGGCCAUCGACCACCGGGGUAGAGGCGGCUUGUCAGGCCUCGGUUCGGUUUUGUGGAGAGGAGGAUGCUUGCAGGCUGAGCUGAUCCACUUCCAUCUGCACAAGAAACUCAAGAGAAGCGGUGCGAGGAUGCAAACCAAGGCGGACAACGCUGGGAUGGAGGAGGCCGCUCAGGGAGAGCCGGAGCCGGCUGCGGAGGCCACAGAGGCGGGGUCCGUGACACAGCAGGACGACCAGGCCUUCCUGGACGAGAUGGAGAGGCUGCUGGAGGAAAACGACGAUCUCAAGUGUGAGAUCGAGGAGAUGAGGACGGAGAUGGACGAGAUGAGGGACACGUUCUACGAAGAGGACACUUGUCAGCUGCAGGAGAUGAGGCGUGAGCUCGAGAGAGCCAAUAAAAACUGCCGGAUCCUGCAGUAUCGCCUGAGGAAGGCCGAGAGGAAGAGGCUGCGCUACGCCCAGACGGGAGAGAUUGAUGAGGAGCUGCUCAGGAGUCUGGAGCAGGACCUGAAGGUGGCGAAGGAUGUGUCCGUGAGGCUGCACCACGAGCUGGAGAAGGUGGAGGAGAAGCGCACCAAGACGGAAGAGGAGAAUGAAAAACUGAGGCAAAAGCUCAUACAGGUUGAGGUGACCAAACAAGCUCUGCAGAAUGAACUUGAAAAAAACAAAGAGUCCCAGAAGAGAAGAGGAAGCAAAGACGUCCUGAAGACGGAUAAGAAAGCAGCACACACUCCUACUGAGGAGGACAACGAGGACCUCAAGUGCCAGCUAGCGUUCAUCAAAGAGGAGGCCGUGCUCAUGAGGAAGAAGACGGCCACCAUUGACAAAGAGAAGGACCAACUGGAGCAAGAGCUGCAGAAGUACCGCUCCUUCUACGGAGAACUGGACAGCACCCAUCCCAAGGGAGAGGCGGGGGGGCCACCCACCACCCGCGAGUCAGAACUGAAGCUACGGCUCCGGCUGGUAGAAGAGGAGGCCAACAUCCUUGGGAGGAAGAUAGUGGAGCUGGAGGUUGAGAACCGAGGCCUCAGGGCCGAGCUCGAUGACCUCCGGGGUGAGGCAGAAGGAGCCGGGAGCUCUGAUGGGGGGGGAAUGGGUGGGUCGGGCUCAGGGCGAGGCCUGGGGGAUGAUCUCACGGAGCUUCGACAGCAGCUGCAGUUGGUGGAGGACGAGGCAGAGCUGCUCAGGAGGAACCUGGCUGAUUCAGAGGACCAGAACAAGAGGGUGACCACGGAGCUGAACAAGUUACGGUUCAAAGCGGGAACCCAUGAAGGAGGCGGCAGGCACGGAUUCUCAGGGGGGUCGGGGAUAGAUGCAGCAAAGGCCGAAGCCCUGCAGGAGGAGCUGAAGGCAGCGAGGCUACAGAUCAAUGACCUCAGUGGAAAGGUGAUGCAGCUGCAGUACGAGAACCGUGUGCUCCUCUCCAACAUGCAGCGCUACGACCUGGCCUCCCAUCUCUCCCUGCGGCCCAGCCCACGGGACAGCGACGCAGAUAGCGAUGCCGGCGGUGUGACAAGCAGCCGCCGCGAGAGCGACGAAGACUCCUCCUCCUCCCGACUCCUCCCACCACACCGCAAACGCGAGGGCCCAGUGGGCGGGGAAAGUGACUCAGACGAGGUCAGAAACACUAACGGCAGCAGCCGUUGCCUGACCCCCACACGGGGCCUGUACACGCCCACCGGGCCCGAGGGCGCUGCCUCCUCGCCAUUGGCCCGCUUUCUACCUAGCGGCCGGUGCAGCCUGAGAGACAGGCAGCAGAUGAUUGACAUCCGCUUGGAGGCAGAAAGGCUUGCUCGCACCAUCGACCGGCUCAUUGCAGACACGGCCACCGUCAUCUCAGAGGCGAGGGUUUUUGUUUCUAAUGGCGACAUGAUGCUGGGGAGGGCAGGGGAGGAGGGUGGAGAGGAAGAUGGGAGCAGGAUCAGGGAACACGAGUUGCUUUAUCGCAUUAACGCUCAGAUGAAGGCCUUCAGAAAAGAGCUGCAGGCCUUUAUAGACAAACUGGAAGUGCCGAGGCUGGAGGACAGAGACACAGAGGAGCCACUGUCGAUGUUCCAGCCCAUCAUUUUGCUCAUCCUCAUUCUCGUGUUAUUCUCGUCCCUCUCUUACGCCACCAUCUUCAAACUAGUCUUUCUUUUUACUCUUUUCUUCGUUCUGUGA